AUGCACAACCCCGCCAUGUCAGUUGAUACUGGUUCGCCUCGAACCCCUUUAGAAGGGGGUCUGCCCUCCCAUGCUGGAGUAAAUGGGCACAUCAAUGGUCUCUCAACACCACAGUUGGUUGUCGGUGGUAGUGGUUCAUCCGGCUCUGGAACGCCAAUUGGAUUCCAGCGAUUUCCUCACAACAAACAUCUCGACCAUGUCGUCAGGACGCCGGGUCGUCAACCCUCACCACAACCAGUGCACUUGGGAUUGCCUGGUCAUCACAGAGUCUUGCCAGAAGAAGGAUCUGGCUAUAUUUCUGCCAAAUUCGAAGGCAAACAGGAACAGAUGGAACAGGUCAUGGACCGCUUAGAGGAGAAAGGCUUCUUUCCCAGUGAUUUCGUUGUAUCCGAAACAACCUGGUUCUACAACAUGCUCGGAAUCGAUGACAUGUACUUCCAGACCGAGUCUGUCGAAUCCAUAGUCACCCAGAUCCUGUCAUUAUACGCAGCCAAAGUAGCUGCCUAUGCCCGAGAUGAUAAGCGCUUGGAGAUCCGACUGGACAAGGAAGACGAAGAUCAUGCUGUCUACAUCGACACCAGCAAGCCUGGUGUGACGUCACUUGAUGGGCCAAACUAUGAAUCACGCAUAGAUUCCAAAUACAUCGACGGCUCCAAGUCCGGCAGAAGCUAUCGAAUCGAGAGUUUCCGCUCGACCAGCCCCUUACCAGGAGAGGAUGCACAGCAAUUGCGUUGUUACUUUGUCUAUCGAUGCCAGUUUGCUAACCCUAACCCGGACCCCGACGAAACCAAUAUUGAGAUCAUCGGCGAAAAACGCUUCCUCCAAAAGGCCACUGCCAACACCAAGGCCAUCUACCAAGAGAUCAUCACUAAUGCGGUGUCUCGAACAGGCCCUGUUAUCGAAGUCUUCGACAUCGAGGGCAGCCGCGAAAAGCGUUUGGUCGUGGCCUAUCGCCAAGGAUCUGCCAUGGGCAUCUUUAGUGCGCUGUCUGAUCUCUACCACUACUACAGACUCACUAGCUCGAGAAAAUACCUCGAGAGCUUCUCUAACGGGAUCAACGUUAUUUCUCUCUACUUGAGACCCGUCUCUAGUGCGGAAAUUUCACAAAAGUAUCCUCCCAUUGAAGCUGCCAUCCACCAGAUUGUGAAAGAGGUUUCUCUUCUGUACUGUGUACCACAAAACAGAUUCCAAAAUCACUUUGCCACCGGUCGACUGAGUUUACAGGAGACCAUUUACUCUCAUUGUGCUUGGGUCUUCAUCCAGCAAUUCCUGAACCGACUUGGGUCUGAAUACACUUCGUUGACUGCGCUUUUGGACGCUAGCAAUAGCGUACAUGCAGAGCUUUUGUCCAAGAUCAAGAAGCGUCUCCGUACCGAGACAUUCACGUCGGAUUAUAUUUUCGAGAUCAUCAACAAAUACCCAGAUCUUAUUCACAAGCUCUACCUUGAUUUUGCCAGUACACAUUACGUGCAAACUGGAGACCCACAGGAUGAUUUCCUUCCUACACUCAGUUACUUGCGUUUGCAAGUCGAUGAGAUCUUGGACGAUGCCAAACUCAAAGAACUUAUCAAUCGAACUGCUGCCAAUGAGCACGACGAAAUGGUCUUGACUGCUUUCCGAACCUUCAACAAGGCCAUUUUGAAAACAAACUUCUACACUCCAACCAAGGUUGCAUUGAGCUUCCGUCUGCACCCAGACUUCUUGCCAGAACAUGAGUACCCCCAACGUCUCUACGGAAUGUUCCUCGUGAUCAGCUCCGAGUUCAGAGGUUUCCAUCUUCGCUUCCGUGACAUUGCUCGUGGCGGUAUUCGUAUUGUCAAGAGUCGAAACAAGGAAGCUUACAGCAUCAAUGCUCGCUCUUUGUUUGACGAAAACUACAAUCUUGCCAAUACGCAACAGCGUAAGAACAAGGACAUUCCUGAGGGUGGUGCCAAGGGUGUUAUUCUUCUUGACGUCGACCAUCAAGACAAAGCUCGUGUGGCGUUUGAGAAGUAUAUCGACAGUAUUCUCGAUCUCCUUAUCCCGCCCACAAGUCCCGGUAUUAAGGAUCCUAUCGUCGAUCUUCACGGAAAGGAUGAGAUUCUUUUUAUGGGUCCAGACGAGAAUACGGCAGAUUUGGUCGACUGGGCUACGGAGCACGCCAGGAAACGAGGUGCGCCAUGGUGGAAGUCAUUCUUCACAGGAAAGAGCCCUAGACUGGGCGGUAUUCCUCACGAUGCCUAUGGUAUGACCACUCUUUCCGUUCGCCAGUACGUCCUCGGUAUCUACCGCAAGUUGAAUAUCGACCCUUCCACCGUCAAGAAGUUGCAAACUGGUGGUCCCGAUGGUGAUUUGGGAUCCAACGAAAUCCUCCUCGGUAACGAACGCUAUACAGCAAUCGUUGAUGGAUCCGGGGUGCUUGUCGAUCCUAACGGAUUGGAUCGCGAUGAACUCAUGAGGCUCGCAAAGAAGCGAGUCAUGAUUUCACAUUUUGAUCUGUCUAAGCUGUCAUCUGAAGGCUACCGCGUCCUUGUUGAAGAUUCAAAUGUGAAGCUUCCUUCAGGAGAAGUUGUCAAUAAUGGUAUGCUUUUCCGAAACACCUUCCACCUCCGAAAAGAUUCACCUGUGGAUCUCUUCGUUCCUUGUGGAGGAAGGCCUGAGUCGAUUGACUUGAGUAACGUGAAUAAGCUGAUUGUGAACGGCAAAUCUGUGAUUCCAUAUAUUGUCGAAGGAGCCAAUCUGUUCAUUACGCAAGACGCGAAACUUCGGUUGGAAAAGGCAGGCUGUAUUCUUUACAAGGAUGCAUCUGCUAACAAAGGUGGUGUGACAUCCUCGUCACUCGAGGUUUUGGCCUCACUGUCAUUGGAUGACAAGGAAUUUGUCCAGAACAUGUGUGUUGCCGAAGAUGGAACCGUGCCCGCCUUCUACCAGCAAUACGUGAAGGAGGUGCAGGAAGUCAUCCAACGAAACGCCACCCUGGAAUUCGAGGCGAUCUGGCGUGAACACGAACGCACGGGACUUUUGCGUAGUGCGCUCAGCGAUAGAUUGAGUUUGGCCAUUACAAACCUCGACGAGGAACUGCAAAAGACAGCGCUUUGGGACAAUAUCGAAUUGCGCCGCAAGGUUUUGGAAGAUGCUCUUCCGCGACUACUUUUGGAGAAGGUUGGACUAGAUACGAUAUUGACUCGGGUACCGGAAAAUUACCUCCGAUCAAUCUUUGGCAGUUACCUUGCCAGUCGCUUCGUGUAUGAAUAUGGCAGCAACCCAAGCCAAUUCGCCUUCUUUGAUUUCAUGUCCAAAAAAUUCUCAUCGCAACUGCUUGCGUCGAAAUAA